GUUUGAACAAAAAGCGCAUCGCCUACUUCCACUUCACGAAGGAAGACACCGAAGCCCGUCUCGCGCCGGGAGACGAGCUUCGCCUGCGCCUGAACUCCUCCGCCUACGCUGACCUCUCCGGCUCGGAUGAGGCAGGCUGGAGUGCUGUCGGGCACGUCUCCAAAAUUACAGCCAACGAGGAGGUUGCCUUGGAGCUCCGUGGUGGUCAGCAGCUCGGUCCUUGGGACAUCAACCACGGCUUCCAAGUCGAAUUCGUGUGGAAGUCAACUUCUUUCGACCGCAUGCAGGCAGCGAUGCGGACCUUCGCUGUGGACGACACCAGCGUGUCCGGUUACCUCUACCACAAGCUGCUAGGCCACGAUGUCGAGCCGCAGACGAUCCGCUCGACCGUUCCGAAGCACUUCACUGCUCCGAACUUGCCGCAGCUGAACCACUCCCAGGUCUACGCGGUCCGCAAGGCAUUGUCGAACCCGCUGUGCCUGAUCCAGGGACCCCCAGGUACGGGCAAGACCGUCACCUCUGCCACGAUUGUCUACCACCUCACGCGGCAGAACCAGGGACAGGUCUUGGUCUGUGCUCCGUCCAACAUCGCCGUCGACCAACUUGCGGAGAAACUGCACAAGACAGGCUUGAAGGUCGUUCGUUUGAGUGCCAAGUCCCGUGAAGCGGUGGCCAGCAGCGUGGAUUUCCUCACGCUCCACCACCAGGUGCGGCACCUGGAUACUCCGGACCACCAGGAGCUUCAGAAGCUCAUGGCGCUGAAGGAUGAGUUGGGUGAGCUCUCCCAUGUGGACGAGAAGAAGUUCAAGCAGCUGCAGAACUCCACCGAGCGUGAGUUGCUCACCGCAGCCGAUGUCAUCUGCACCACCUGUGUUGGUGCGGGAGAUCCGCGUCUGCAGAACUUCCGCUUCAAGCAGGUGCUCGUGGAUGAGUCGACGCAGGCUGCUGAGCCGGAGUGUCUCAUUCCGAUCAUGAUGGGCGCGAAGCAGAUGGUCUUGGUUGGAGAUCACUGCCAGCUUGGGCCGGUGAUCAUGUGCAAGAAGGCGGCGAAGGCAGGGCUUCACCAGAGUCUCUUUGAGCGGCUGAUCUUCCUUGGCGUUCGGCCAGUCCGCUUGGAGGUGCAGUACCGCAUGCAUCCCUGCCUGUCGGAGUUCCCGUCGCAGUCCUUCUACGACGGCUCGCUUCAGAAUGGGGUCACCCUCAAUGAGCGUCUUUACGCCGGUAUCGAAUUCCCCUGGCCCCGGCCAGACAUGCCUAUGUUCUUCCUGAACUCCACGGGCGCAGAGGAGAUUUCAGCGUCCGGAACGUCCUACUUGAACCGCACGGAGGCGACCAACAUCGAAAAGCUCGUCACCUACUUCCUGAAGUCGGGUGUGAAGCCCUACCAGGUGGGCAUCAUCACGCCCUACGAGGGGCAGCGUGCGUACAUUUGCGCAGUGCUGCAGCGUCAGACGACUUUCAGUCACAAGGCCUACGAGGAGAUUGAAGUCGCCAGUGUCGACAGCUUCCAGGGCCGCGAGAAGGAUUUCAUCCUCCUCUCCUGCGUGCGAUCGAAUCAGAACCAGGGAAUCGGGUUUUUGAACGACCCGCGGCGCCUGAACGUGGCCCUGACCCGUGCCAAGUACGGACUCAUCAUCUGCGGCAACGCCAAGGCCAAAAUCCUUAAAGCCCUAUAA